UAGAUAUAUCGGUGGUUUGGUACAUUAACAUUAAUGUAUUGUCGAUGAACUUAUAUUGUUAGUGAAAGGUCAUUUAUACCCUUCUCUAUUUACCUGACCACGUAAAAUCGCAAGGACAAAGUGGACAUUUCCGUCCCGUUUCUGCUCUUAAACCUCAAUUUGUUAAAGAAUGUGAGGGGAGAGAGAGCGACGCCGUUUCGCGCCAAACCCUAACCACUACCGGCGCAAAAGCGCGGGCUCUGUGUUCUCAAAUCGGUGAAGACGAGAAGAUGAAGAAAGCAGAAUACUUCAGCAAGGACUUUGACUGGGACGAGCUGAGAGUCGAGGUGGAAAACGACCCGUCGUUUAGCUACCAUUUGCUCCCAUUCCAACCUUCUCUUUCAGUUGCAGAACAAGGUGAAUCUCAACCGUGGAAUGACUUUCAUAACCGCCAUUCAUCUGGGAAGUUCUUCAAGGAAAGGCGAUAUUUGUUGCAAGAAUUCCCUGAACUAGUUAGCUGUGAGGAGAAUUCUAGGGUUUUGGAGGUGGGGUGUGGCAAUGGCAGCACUGUUCUUCCAAUGUUGAGGGGCAACGAGAAAGUCACGGUUUAUGCAUGUGAUUGGAGCACUGAGGCCCUUGAGAGGGCUAAGGAGACGAUUUAUGCUUCUAACAUUGUUUCUAUCGAGCAUCGUUUCCAUACGUUUUGUUGUGAUUUCUCUACCUCUGGGUUUCCAACAUGGUUGACCUACAAUCCUUGUCAAGCAAAUUUUGAACAAACUUCAGAUGGUAGAGGGAAUAGUGAGACCUGUCUUAAUGAUUCAAGUUCAUUGAAAGAAAGCAGACGUUGCAUUGGUGGGGUUGAUUUUGUUACCUUGAUAUUCACACUGUCGGCAUUAUCACUUCAGAGGAUGCCAAAGUCCAUCAAGGAGUGUUUUUCUGUUAUGAGACCUGGAGGCAUGCUUCUAUUUAGGGAUUAUGGCCUUUAUGACAUGAGCAUGCUUCGGUUUGAGAUGGACAAAAGAGUGGGAUUCAGGGAGUAUAUGCGAUCAGAUGGAACUCGUUCUUAUUUCUUCUCAUUGGAUACUGUAAGGGAUCUAUUUAUGGGAGCAGGCUUUAUUGAGCUUGAGCUUGAAUACUGCUGUGUUAAGUCGCUCAAUCGUCGAAAUGGGAAGAGCAUGCGAAGGGUGUGGGUUCACGGAAAGUUCCAAAAGCCUGUAUGAACUGUUAAACGUAUUGCUGAGAUGCCCCUGGAAGAAUUAUGCAUGCUUGAUGCUUGGUCUAAAAUGUACUUUCCUGUGGAUAACAAUUUCAUGGAUCUGCAUAUGGUAAUUGGUAAAGGUGCACAGACUUGGUUCUCGAUUAAUUAUCUGAGCAGAAGCUGUUAGAUCAAAUGCUAGAAUUUAACGUAAAAGAUCAGAAUCUUUUGCCUAAUGAAAUCAUUGUUGAGUGA